AUUGCACUGGAUUCCGUAUAUAAACCACCAUGUAUAACAUAUAUAUGUAUAUUUAAACCAGAGUCCGUAUAUAAACUUAUUAAAAAAAACAAAGUCAGUAUAUAAAGGGUUAACUGUGGUACGCUGAUGCUUGUAAGUCAGGAAGUGGCGUAUCAUUAAAGCAUUCGAAUCAUUAGCGAUAUAUAUCCUGUUUCACUAAAACUACAUCAGCGUAUUUUCAUCGAUACCAAAGUGCUUAUGGUUGAAACGGACGCUUUAAUUGGAUUCGAAUGCAAGAGAUGUUUUUGUUUAACUAGCGAUAACUUGCCCAUAUAUUUAUAUGGUUUAUUUAUUUAGAAAAUAAGCGAUCAAACAACUCAAUAUUAUCAAGUUAUUUAUAUUAUGGAGGAAUUCUGGGCAACACACGCUGUUGGCGCCACCGCCUGUGAGAUGAUGCUGGAUUCAAAUGAAAACGUCAGUGAACCUGAGGUAAAAGAAAUCUUGCAAGUUUUGCCAAACUACGAAGAUAAAGAAGUUUUAGAGCUUGGGGCUGGCAUAGGGCGAUUUACAUCUCAUUUGUGCGACAAAGCCAAGAAUGUUGUCGCUGUCGAUUUCAUGCAGAAGUUUCUCGAUCGAAACAGGGAGGAUAAUUGUCACAGGAACAACCUGCAGUUGAAAUGUGACAAUGUCAUGAACCUUGAGUUCUCUGACCUCAGCUUUGACCUGGUGUUUUCCAAUUGGUUGUUCAUGUAUUUGUACGACGACGACGCUAAAACUCUUUUAUCCCGUAUUUUGAAAUGGUUACGUCCGGGAGGGAAAAUGUUUUUUAGGGAAUCUUGUUUCACCAAAGUUGGAAACAAGAAAUUGGAAUACAAUCCAUCGGUUUACCGAUCCACAUCUGACUACAACGAUAUGAUUACUUCAACAACGAUCAAGGAGGGUUCAUGCGGUUUCAAUGUACUCACAUACAAACCACUUCAAACCUACAUUAAAGUAAAUCUAUUUAGUUUAAAUAUUAAGUUAAGUAACGUUUUUAACAUGUUUGAACACUCUUCCAUGCCCUUCUGUGGGGUAGGGUUGUAUGAUUCUGUGAUGUCCCAUCUCACCCCACCCCUUAUAUUUCUACAUUCACAGUAUAAAGGAAACGAACAUCAGAUGUAUUGGGUCAUGGAACGUGGGCCAAAACUAGAAGAGUAAAGAAAGUUGUAGUUUGUGG